UUUAAAGGUUUUGUAUUUCGUUGUGUUUUUAGGGAGUAUUGGAUAUUUUUUUCUUUACGGAUUUGUUAUGAAAAAACUUCCUAAAAUAACCAUAAGUUACGAAGAAGAUUACAGUGGAUAUCGUAAAGGAGAAUUUUACCAACGGCUUCACGAAAAUCCACAAGACAGUAAAAAUAAAUUGUCUGAAAUCUCUUUUAGUCCAACUUCAUCAAUUUUGAAAACGCUACAGGCCACCACAACAAAAAAGAUUUCACAGGAUUAUGAUCAAGAUAACGACGAAAGCGAAGCUUUUUUAGAUUUUCUUUCCAAUUUCAAGAGUAAAGAAGACUUGGAUAAUUCAAGUUCUAUAGAAGAUGAAACUUUGUUUCCGCCAACGAGAAAACCAAUACGUGACAAUGGCGUAGGGCUUUAURAAUUAAUGAAAAAGAUUGAUGAAUUAGAAAGCUUGGAAGUAGCUGACCCAUUGACUCGUUGUAUUCAGCCAAAACGAGUUGGACGACUACAAAUCGACAACAGGCCUAGAAUAGCACUCAAAAUGGAAGAAGCCCAGCAAGACCUGCCGUUCGUCUCUUCCGGCGGAAGCUGGAAGCCAACAAAGUGUCAAGCCACAAAGGUUGCUAUAGUUAUACCGUUUCGUGACAGACACCCUCAUCUACCAUCGUUCCUGAAACACAUGCAUCGGUUUCUAAGAUGGCAGAUGUUGGACUACAGAAUAUUCGUUAUUGAACAGUCAGGUAAAAGUCCCUUCAACCGUGGCAUGCUGAUGAACGUAGGGUUUCAAGAAGCGAUGAAAAAAGACAAAUAUGACUGUGUUAUAUUCCAUGAUGUGGAUCUGAUUCCCGAAGAUGACAGGAAUGAUUACAGCUGUCCAUCCUCACCAAGACACAUGUCUACUGCGGUUGAUACGAUGAAGUAUAAGUUGGGUUACAAGAAAAUCUUUGGUGGAGUAGAAGCUUUCUGGCCGGAACAUUUCUUGAAGGCAAAUGGAUUUCCAAACCGCUACUGGGGAUGGGGUGGGGAGGAUGAUGACCUGUAUGUAAGAGUUAUGAAAGCAUCAUUGGGCCUCACUCGCCCCGCUCAACAGAUAGGUCGAUACUACAUGAUAAAACACAGAAAGAGUAAAGGAAACCCUGAAAGACAUGCCAUGCUAAGAGAAAGCCACAUUCAUAUCGAAAAAGAUGGUCUCAACUCAUUACAAUACAAAGUUCUUUCACAAACUGAGCAUCCGCUGUACACAAUGAUCGCUGUAGAUCUUACUUCAAAGGAUACGAGUGAUAAUUGGUCCAUAUUAGGAUGAUGUCGAAUGACAGAUGAUGACGUCAGUAAGAACAGCGGACGGCGUCGUGAAACAGCUGAAAUGACAUCAUGGAACAUCAAAUGAUGUCAUACAACUUGAUAUUACAUACGUCAUGACGCAUGUUAUGACGUAUACAUCGAAGGAAAGUGUGUUAAAUGAGAAAUGUGUUUUUCUAGAAAAAAAAGAUUGAUAAGCAGAUCUAGAGAAAGGGUUUCAAGUCCUCCGGAGCCACGAAAGAUCAAUCUCGUCUCCAAUACCUUUCGGGCUUUUACAUGGCCAGUAUUUUCUCGCGGCGCCUACCGCUGACCAAAAAAAGUUAAAAAAAAAAAGUAAAAGUUUUUGAAA